GGGUGGAGGUGCGGUGUCGCGAGUGCUGUGCAAAACCUGCCUUCAAAGUGCCAAACCAUCUAAUUUCAGUGAAUUUUAGCUCAUAAUAUAUGUGCUUAGGAUGUUACUGUGAUAAUUCCUGGGUGUAAUGAUGCUUACUAAGAAUUUAGAGAUGGUGUUCGGGGCGCCCGCGAGCUGACCGACCUUCUUCGAAAAAUCGGCUGGUCAAGUCAAUUUCACCGCAACUACUGUAUCAAUUUUUUAAACUUCAUUAAAUGUUAAGCUGCAGUGAAAUGAAAAACAAAUAAGGCAUAUAUUCAUCUAGUUUCAAUAUUUGUCAGUACAUUAUUCAUCAGUGCGACUGAAGUCAUCAGACUGAAGUCACUAGUUAAGGUGUGGAAGUUGUGUAACUGUCGUUGAUUAGUGUACAUAACCACGGAAUUAUCAGUUGCAAUUUCUCAUCACUAUUAUUUUCAUCACUAUUAAAGCAAAUCACUCCACUAUGCACGUGUAAAUUUAAAAAGUGAAUUUGAAUUGAUAAUUUGAAUUACAAUAUUCCUGACGAAAAUCUAAUUUAACGUAUUAAUGGAACGAAUUGACUAUGCUAGCUAAGACUGUAAAAAAUUUGAUAUUUAGUCUCGUAAAUAAUACAGAAAUCAGCUAUACCUAGGAUGCGCGACCACUGCCUUCGAUAUUACAAUAAUAGUGAAAAUGUGUGACCGCUGCUGCGCAGUGGCAGGAGCCUCGGUCUCUGGGACUCCUCCAGUCACGGCAUCUGAACCGCCGGAACGGACCUCAAGUUACCGGAAAAGUCAGAAGCGGAGCGGCCUGAAUGAACGGUUUCGUCACAAAUUUGAUAAAUGCUCAGUGAAAAAUGCAAGUGAGAGGCGUGGCUCUCAUAGAACUCAAAUAUAUAUGACGUUAAUACAUUUGUUGUUGAUUAGUUUGUUGCCAGUCAGUCGCAGUGAGUAUGUCAGGGAAUUUCAAGUGUCAGAGAGUGCAGCUAUCGGAACGAGCAUUGGCAUGAUUGGUUCCGCGAAUCCAGGGCAACCAUCGCCACCCCAACCUCCUUAUAACAUAGUUGCCUUGUCGGACAGCAAAGUCGACUUGGAUUUGCAUAUUGAAGAAAGUACCGGAGAAAUUAAAACCAAGAGGACGCUAGACCACGAGGCUCGAGAUACUUAUUCUUUCAUAGCCUUCCCUCAACACGGCGAGAACGUCGAAAACAUCCGAGUGCUACUGCGAGUACAGGAUGAAAACGAUAACGCUCCUACUUUUCCCAUAUCGGUUAUGAAUAUUCAGUUUCCCGAAAACACUGCUCGGGACGUAAAAAGGCCGCUGGAGGCGGCAAUUGACCGAGACACUGGAAUAUACAACACCCAGCGUUACGCGAUCGUGUCUGGAAACACUAACAACGAAUUCAGGCUUUCGUCUCAGAGGCUUCAUAAUGGAGUUCUCUUUUUGGACCUUCAAAUUAAUGGGUUUUUGGAUCGGGAGACCACACAGUAUUAUUCUUUGUUGAUAGAAGCCUGGGAUGGCGGUACACCACCACUCAAGGGAUCAAUGAUUGUAAACAUCACCAUUCAGGACAUGAAUGACAAUCAACCCAUUUUCAUACAAAGCCGAUAUUUUGCAACUGUUCCUGAGAAUGCUACAAUUGGUACAUCAGUGCUCGAAGUUUUGGCUACGGACACGGAUGCUGGAGAGAAUGGCCGCAUUUCCUACUCUAUCAAUCGUCGACAAAGUGACCGAGAAAACAUGUUCCAAAUCAACCCAAAAACAGGCGUUAUCUCGGUGAACCGACCCUUGGAUUUUGAAACUAAGGAGGUUCACGAGUUAGUGGUUGUUGCACGAGAUAAUGGUGAACAGCCUCUGGAAACAAGUGCGUUCGUGUCUAUUAGAGUGAUCGACGUCAAUGAUAACCAACCAACUAUAAAUUUGAUAUUUCUCUCUGAUGAUGCCACUCCCAAGAUCUCUGAGGAUGCUCAGCCUGGUGAAUUUGUCGCUCGAAUAUCAGUGAAUGAUCCAGAUUCCAAAGAAGAAUACCCAAAUGUGAACGUGACAUUAGAAGGUGGUGAAGGUCACUUUGGUCUCACGACGCACGACAAUAUCAUUUAUCUCAUGAUUGUUUCUCGCCCUCUAGACCGCGAACUUAAACCAAAUUACAGCUUAGUCGUGAGUGCAACCGACCAGGGCAACCCUCCUCUUCACGCGUCGCGUCAGUUCGACCUGCAAGUGACCGACCUCAACGACAACGCACCUGAAUUCGACCAGACUGUUUACUCAGCAUACGUUUUGGAAGUGGCAGACCCUGGAACCUCAGUAUUCCAACUCUCCGCAUCGGAUCGAGACGAGGGCAAUAACUCUGCCAUAACGUAUUCAAUCCGUAACACCCCCGAGACUCAUUCAGAUUGGUUUCAAAUCGAUUCUCGGACUGGGUUGAUAACGACUCGCAGUCAUGUGGACUGUGAGACUGAACCUGUCCCUCAAAUAACGGUCAUAGCGACUGAUUCAGGAUCACCGGCCCAAUCCUCGUCUGCUACCGUCAGAGUGACAAUUAGAGACGUGAACGACAACGAACCUAUAUUCGAUCAGAGUUUCUACAACGUGUCUGUGCAAGAGUCAGAGCCUGUCGGGAACUGCAUACUAAAGGUGUCUGCUGAAGAUCCGGACUGCGGCGUCAACGCAGACGUCAACUACACAAUAGGCGAAGGCUUCAGGCGCUUUCGGGAGUUCGAGAUCAGACCUGUGAGCGGCGACAUAUGCAUCUCUGGGCGCCUGGAUCACGAGACGCGCUCUGUGUACGAGUUCCCCGUGGUGGCCACAGACCGAGGCGGUCUGAGCACCACUGCCAUGGUCAAAGUUCAGCUCACUGACGUGAACGACAAUCGUCCUGCCUUCUACCCUCGUCAGUACAAUGUGUCGCUGAGGGAAAACCACGUCUCUUCGUCUCCCGUAGUCGUGGUCGUCGCAACUGACAAAGAUUCAGGCACCUACGGACAGGUGACAUACGAGCUGGUAGGUGGCAACGAGACGGAACUCUUCCGUCUAGACAGCAAAACUGGCGGGAUUUUCGUCACGCGUCCCCUGUCCAAGACCACGUCCAUGUAUCACAUUAACGUCUCGGCCAAGGACGGUGCGGGGCUCAGGUCUGAGCACCACGCCGAGGUAGCCAUCUCAGUGAUCGACACCAACCACGAGCCUCCGAUAUUCGACCGCCCGCGCUACACCUUCAACGCCCGCGAGGACGUCAACGUAGCGCACAUCAUCGGCACCGUGAGCGCCUCCUCCAGCGCCAGGGGUGGCGGUGGACGUGUUCGGUAUUCUAUUUACUCUGGGGACCCAAACGGUUAUUUUUCCAUCGGCCCACAAACCGGCAUCCUGAAGACGGCGAGUCCUUUGGACCACGAGGCGCAGUCCUCGGUGCUGCUCAACGUCCUCGCCACCACGGGCUCCCCGCCCACUUACGGCCACACGCAGGUGAACAUAAGCAUCUUGGAUGUUAACGACAACGCUCCGGAGUUCGAUGUUCAAUCGGUGAAGUUGUCGGUGCCGGAGAACACGGCGCUGAGGGAAGCCAUCUAUGCGGCCCACGCCACCGACCAGGACUCUGGCGACAACGGCGUCAUCACGUAUUCUCUGCUGCAGAACCCGGCCAAUAUGUUUGCCAUAGAUAAGCUUGGCAUUUUGACGCUGGUUGAAAAGCUGGACUACGAGGCCGUACAUCGGUUCACGCUCGUGAUAGGUGCCAGUGACCAGGGCGUACCUCCUCUGUCUUCGAACCUCACCGUCGACAUGGAAGUUCAAGACGUCAACGACAACCCUCCCGUCUUUGAGAGGGCCUCGUACUCCAUCAGCAUCAUUGAGUCUUUGCCCGCCAACUCGCAGUUUUUCCAAGUGACGGCUACUGAUAAAGAUACCGGCAAUAACGCUCGUCUCACCUACACAAUAAAAGAGAAAGAAUUCGAGAACGUCUUCGGUGUAUUCCCCAACUCUGGAUCUCUUUACCUCAAAGAGGUGCUGGACCGCGAGACGCGUGACGCGUACGUCGUAACUGUCGUGGCCACGGACAAUGGCACACCAAAGUCCACGGCCUCCACUACCGUGGCCAUCACCGUGCUUGAUGCCAACGACAACACACCUACCUUCACCAAGCAGGUUUAUGAGUUCACGGUCGAAGAAAAUCUCCCCGAAGGCACAGUCGUUAGUUCAGUAUCGGCCGAGGACGGAGAUUUGGGCGCAAAUGCAUCUAUGCGAUUUUCAAUUGAGCCUUCGCAUCCUUCAUUCGCCAUCGACCCUAAGACGGGAGAAAUCCGCACUGUUGGCUCUUUGGACCGAGAAGUCAAGGCUGUGUACGAAGUGAUUGUUAAGGUCCGCGAUCUCGGCGUGCCCCCGAAACACUCGCAGGCCACAGUCCGCGUCCUCGUCACCGACGUUAACGACAACUUGCCUACUUUUGUGGAGCCCCAGCAAGCUUCCAUCAGCGUCAGAGAAGACCAGCCUGCCGGCACUGAAGUCUUGCAGGUCCGAGCAACCGACAAGGAUGAAGGCAACAAUGCAUCCAUAACCUACUCGUUCCUGCCUACUGACGACUCCGACGACCACCUCGCCUUCAGCAUUAACCCCAGCACCGGGGUCAUCAGAACUGCUAAGGUGUUGGAUCACGAAGUGAGGAGUCGGUACAGCUUGGUGGUGAAAGCGAGUGAUCAGGGGGAAGUCCCUAAACACCUCACCAAGUUGAUACAAGUAGACGUGUUAGACGUCAAUGAUAACCGGCCCACGUUUUCGGCAUCUUCUUUAACAUUCAGAAUAAAAGAAGGAAUACCCAUAGGAGAAAAAUUAGGUUCCUUGUUAUCUAUGGACCAAGCAACUACUGGCAAGGAAGAUGUAACUUACUCUAUCGCGUCUGGCAACACUAACAAUGUUUUUGACAUCGACAGACUAUCUGGCCAGAUUUUCACCGUUCGGGAGGUCGAUUAUGAGAGAACUCCCGAAUACCAACUGCAAAUAGAGGCUGUGGAUUCGUCAGCACCUAACCCACAAGAGUCCAUAAUGAAAGUAAAGGUAGAAGUGGAAGAUGGUAACGAUGAAAUCCCAAUUUUCCCGGAGGAUCCUAUUAUCUUUUCGAUAAGUGAAAAUUUAGCACUUGGAAGUCCAGUUUGGAAUUUCAGCGCUACUGAUCUAGAUUCUGGUGACAAUGGUCGCGUCGAAUACUCUUUGGCUCAGCAAGCUCCUAAGAAAGUGUUCAAGUUGGACUCGGUCACUGGAGUGCUCUCUCUCAUGGGCCCUCUGGACUUCGAGGAACAGCGCGAGUUUACUCUUGUGGUCACUGCCAGCGAUCAACCAAGAGACGAAGAGUUAAGGCUUCGUUCGUCAGUGACAGCCAAACUGUUAAUUGAAGAUUAUAAUGACAAUGCACCAAAGUUUGUCUCAAGCAAUCGUAUAGACAUAAUGGAAGAUGAGCCCACCGGCUACCCAAUGUUACACGUCAUCGCCACGGAUGACGACUCCGGCGACAACGGAAAAGUGACUUACAUUAUCAGCAGCGGUAACGACGAAGGAAAAUUUUCGCUCGAUUACGAUACUGGAGUUCUGAGUGUUGUCAAACCUCUUGAUAGAGAACAGACAACCAUCUAUAAUCUGAACAUCACUGCUUUUGAUCAUGGAAAACCGCAAAGGUCAUCUUCUCAGAAUGUUGAAAUCCACGUAGAAGAUGUCAACGAUAAUGCUCCAAAAUUUUCAAUGCCGCUACACCGAGCUAACGUGUCAGAGGGAUCCGUUCCUGGGACGUUUGUUACAAGAGUUACAGCGUCUGACCAGGACUCAGGUUCGAACAGUAACCUGACGUAUAUCAUACCUGCGGGCAUUGGUGACAACAAGUUCAGAAUCAAUCCUGGAACUGGAGAGAUCCACACCGUAGCUACUCUAGACCGCGAAGAGAAGGAGCAAUAUUCACUAACCGUUUACGUCCGGGAUGGUUCUUUUCCUGCUCAGUAUGACACUGCAUCCGUUCUUGUGUCUCUCUCUGACGUCAAUGAUCACGCACCUGAGUUUCGAGAUUCUUGUUAUCCACUAAGAGUUCCUGAAAACACCGAUCUUUCAGUUAUACACACUCUUUUGGCAACAGACAAAGACUCGGGUUUGAAUGGAGAAGUUACCUAUUCACUAACCGGAGAAGAUAUCGGGAACAAAUUUAACAUUGAUACCUAUUCCGGUCAACUGUCAGCUCGGCCACUGGACAGAGAAGCCAAAUCAAAGUACUCUCUAUCGAUCACUGCAAGAGACCGAGGUAAGCCGUCGCGUGUUGGCACAUGUAACAUCACCGUCACCGUUGAAGAUCAGAACGAUAACGAUCCCAAGUUCACUCAGACUCGCUACACAGCAUCUUUGUCCGAAGACACUCCUCCUGGAUCAUCAGUCUUGACUGUGCAAGCCACUGAUCGCGAUCACGGGGAAAACUCGAGGAUCACUUAUUCGCUGAGCAAUGAAACUCAGUGGCUCUUCAAGAUCGACAAUGAAACUGGGGUUAUUUCAACCGUAGGAAUUUUGGACCGAGAGAAGCAAGACCGCUACAACUUCGAAGUGCGGGCCACCGACGGCGGCCAGUACGAUACGCGCUCUGAAACAGCGCAGGUGCAGAUCAGGAUCAACGAUGCCAACGACAACCGCCCUCAGUUUGCCGAGUACCCGUACCUGGUAACAGUUCCUGUGUACAGCCAGCCAGGGCAGGAGCUCGUCAGAGUCGUGGCUACCGACAGAGACGAGGGCCUCAACUCUGACAUUGUUUACAGCCUGACUAACAAGCCAAGUAACAGCAAAUUUCGGAUCAACUCGGAAACUGGAAUUUUAACUGCCACGAGCCCGUUGCGGCUAGAAACCAUGAAACUUUUUCACGUGGAAGUCGUUGCCAGAGAUCGAGGCUCUCCUCCCAUGUCGUCCGUGGGACUGAUCGAAAUUCAAGUCGGGGAGCGUAACCCCACCACAUUGAUGUUUCAGAACACUUCUUACACUGUACAUUUGCCAGAAAACUCGGCUACAAAUGAAGAAGUUUUGCAAGUAACAGCUCUACGUUCAGAUGACAAGAGAGAGAGAAUAAGCUAUAGUUUCGCGUCCGGAAACGAAGAUGACUUCUUUGAAAUGGACAGCAACACUGGGUUGAUACGCGUCAAAAACUCAAACCUAUUUGACUAUGAGUUGGUGUCGGAAAUUGAUCUCGUCAUUGUUGCGCAGUCGAACGGAGAGGCUCCUUUGUAUGCUUACACAAACGUGCGCGUCAUCAUUAUCGAUAUGAACGAUAAUUCACCACGAUUUACUCAAGACGAAUACGUAUCGUCGGUCUGGGAAGGAAACAACAAAGGGACUUACGUCAUACAAGUUUCGGCAACAGACGACGAUACUGGACCUAAUGCCAACAUAGUUUAUUAUAUUGUUGAUGGCAAUCAUGACGACGCCUUCGUUAUCGACCCUCCAUUUUCGGGAAUUGUCAAGACCAACAUUGUUUUGGACCGCGAAAUAAGGGAAACUUAUCGACUGACCAUCAUAGCUACGGACGAAGGCGCUCCAGAGAUGACCGGCACCUGCACUCUGCGCAUCAACAUCGUUGAUGUCAACGACAACCAGCCUACGUUCCCUCCACACUCGCUCGUCCAAGUGUCUGAAGGAGCUGAAGUUGGCACCAUCAUCACCACAAUUACAGCUAAUGACGUGGACACGAACCCCGCCAUCACGUACAACUUUGCAGCUGGGGGCAAUCCUCUCAACAUGUUCACCAUCGACAAAUUCAGCGGCAAGAUAACCCUUGCCGCGCCGCUGGAUCAUGAAGGAACACUGCAGUAUACUAUAGAGGUCGAGGCGUCGGACACGGCCCACGUGGCGCGCACCAAAAUCACGGUCGAGGUGCUCGACGAGAACGACAACCCGCCCGUGUUCUCCCAGCAGGCAUAUCAGGUCUCGCUGCCCGAGCUCUCCGCACCCGGCACCUCCGUUAUCAGGGUGAACACGACGGAUGCUGAUGAAGGUGUGAAUGCUGAGGUUCAGUACAGCCUGGCGGCAGGCACCGAGCAAGGGUUUUACAUCCAUCGCACUACAGGGAUCGUUUACAGCAACACGUCGCACCACUACAACCCUCGCCAGCCUGUCAUCCAGCUCGUGGUGACAGCCAGGGACAAGGGCAAGCCUUCCAUGGCAUCCGUGGCUGCCAUCACUGUACAGAUCACCGACGUCAACAACCAUCCACCGAAAUUUUCCAGUGAAACUUACACAGCCCGGGUGCGGGAAGACGCGUCGAGAGGCCAGGCAGUCGCGAGAGUUUCAGCGUCCGACAUGGACGAGUCGAGGAACAACCGCAACAUCGUCUACUCUAUCGUCUCUGGCAACGAUCAUCACACUUUUCAAAUAGCCUCGUCUACAGGCGAGAUUAUCCUCCUUAAGGAAUUGGACAGAGAGAAGCAAUCCCAAUACACCCUUGUUGCUCUCGCCUCCGACAGAGGUUCUCCCUCGAAAAAUGCGACCUCCGAAGUUGUCAUCGAAGUUUUGGAUGUAAAUGACCACGUGCCCGUUUUCAAUCAGUCAGAAUAUUUUGUAAACGUUAGCGAAGCCUUGGACAUCGGGUCAAUAAUUUUACAAGUAUCGGCUGUGGAUGAUGAUUCUGGCGAUAAUGCUCGCAUUACUUAUGACAUCACCUCCGGGAAUGACGAUCAAAUUUUCGCCCUCGACUCUGAAUCAGGCAUCAUUACCCUGCGCGAGGAGCUGGAUUACGACACGGUUCCUGAGCACCGUCUGAUCAUACGAGCUUCGGAUGGUCAGCGUCAUCACUCCCUCUCUGCUCUAACUACAGUAUACAUUGGCCUCAAGGACGAGAAUGAUAACGCCCCAAGCUUUCCAGCUCCAACUUACUAUGAAUUCGUCGUGGAAAAUUCCCCCGUAGGUACAACUGUGUUCACUGCCAUUGCCAACGAUGCGGACAAGGGACCUUAUGGAACUCUCAACUACUCCAUCCCCUCGGGUGAAGACAGAAAUAAAUUCAGCAUUGAUCCUGCAACUGGUGUUGUUACGACGGAGGUUGUAUUUGACUUUGAAGUUCGUGAUGAUUAUUAUUUCUCGAUCCGAGCGUUUGAUGCAGGAGGCAAGUUUACCACCGUCAAUGUAAAAGUCAAUGUCAAGAGUAGCGACGAGUAUGCGCCUGUGUUCACGGAAAGAAUAUAUUAUUUUUCAAUGCCGUUUGAUGCCCAAAACGGUAAUGUUGUUGGUAAAGUAGAAGCAACUGAUAAGGAUAAAGGGUCAGAUGGCCAAGUAUUUUAUUCUCUUACCACGCCUUCUAGAGUUUUCAAGAUAAACCGCACCACUGGAGAGAUUAUUGUCAAAAGACCUCCUGGCAGAGAAGAAGGCAUUAGACUUGAACUUCUUGCCAAUUCAGGUAAACCUAAAUCUCUGAGAGGACUGGCCACAGCUGAAAUAUCAAUUGGAAAUCACAACAGUUCUUGGGGCAACAGCACCUCGUUGACAGGAGGCAACACCGAGGGCGGAGGUCUGGCAACGUGGGCAAUUGGCUUAUUGAUCGCUCUUAUUCUUUUGGUUUUAGUUUUCGGCGCUGCGUUCUUAUUUCUGUACCGUCGUAAUCUACUCGUCAGGAAGCCAGUUAUUCCUGAUCAGUUUGACACGUCUUUUGACACCAUCGAUAUCCGUCACCCACCGCCGACUUCCGCCCCAGACUUGUCACAGUAUCCGACGAGCUACAAUGAUCUGCCAUACAAUCACCACAGCGAUCGAACUCAUCACGGAAACACAACAUCGGAGAUGAGCGAGCAAAGUCAAAGCGCAAGUAGUGGACGCGGAAGUGCAGACGAUAACGAAGACGUCGAGGACGAAGAAAUUAGAAUGAUCAACGAAGGACCUCUUAUAAAGGAGCAAAAACUCAGAGAGAGACUUGGCCUACCCGAUUCAGGAAUUCAUGAUGACGAUAAUAUGAGUGAUGUUUCCGUCCACAAUACUCAGGAAUACCUUGCCCGCCUAGGAAUCGAUACCACUAAAACUGAAUCCACGAAAGGGUCACAAGAUCUCACGCAUUCAAUUGGCAGCAUGCACAUGUUUGACGAAGAAGGUGCAACUGAAUCCGGUGAGGUAGACAUCAAUAACCUGAUCUAUUCGAAACUAAAUGACGUGCCAUCAGAAGAAGAUAGUUCUAUCAUGGAUGGCACACGAGCAUUUGGUUUUGGAGGGGACGAAAGUCAGCCUUCAAUGACCGGCUCUUUGAGUUCAAUUGUUCACAGUGAAGAAGAACUGCAAGGCUCUUACAACUGGGACUAUCUUCUCGACUGGGGCCCUCAAUACCAGCCUCUCGCUCAUGUGUUUUCUGAAAUCGCCCGAUUGAAAGACGAUUCAGCGCCAAAUUAUUCUCGGGAACCUCAGAAAAAAACUCUCAACCCUCAAGUGAAGACCAUCCCUCCACCGCUGCUAACGAGCGUCGCCCCUCGCUCCAUUGCCCCGGUUGCCCUGAGCACCAUACGAGCCCAGAUGUCGAUGCCAUCUCUUCCCCGCUCCCCAAUAAGUCAUGAGGCCUCUUUUACGUCCCCCGCCAUGUCUCCAUCAUUUAGCCCCUCAUUAUCACCUCUCGCCACACGAUCUCCUUCCAUAUCCCCUCUAAUGACCCCAGGUAACAGAGGUCCAGCUCCUUCCUUAGCUGCACAAAAUUCCGUGACCUCAACACCUCAUCAUUCCCGCGCGCUGGGCCAGCGUCAAGGGACGUCUGGCAUUCUCACAGGAGCUUCGUCGGGAUCUGAAAGCGAGUUGAGGAUAUGAAAGAGAACUUGAUUAAUAAUUUUACGAAAAAAUGUGUGAAAGCCAUAAAAGUGAGUGUACAGCAUGAAGUAUCUUAUAGUUAGUUAUCAUAAAUCCCAACCAAAAUAGUAUUGUGAUUUUUCUAUAGCCAAAUGACUCGUUGAGGUGCGAUUGUAAUUAUCUGUACAUUCAACUUAGAAUUAAUGGGCGAACGAGGAAUUUUCAAGUUGAAGAUCAUGUCAAUUGAUUCCCGUUUGCAUGUGCAUUAUUACUUUAUUAAUUAUUUCUGUUGAUACUCAUGUCAUGUCGACAGCUUUGUGAAUUAUUGUUAUGUUUGUUGUGUAAAUAUUCUUCACGUCGUUGUCUAGAGGGAGAAGGUUGUGAUCUCGCAACUUCACCAGCGAAGAGGUACAAUGGAGACCGAGAGAUACGGUAGUUCUACUCCAAUUCAUUUUGAAAUAAUUUAAUCUACUGCGGCAGAUUCAAAAAUAGAGAAUAAUUUAAACCGAGCCCUUUCGAGGAAACAAUUUGUGAUAAAAUAAAUAAAAUCAUUGUUAUUACAUUAGGAAGAACAUUAUCCGAUAUUUUUACACAAUUUUCAUUCAUGACAUUAAAUGUCAGUCCAUAAGUUGUUAUUGGAAAGCUCCUUCCCGCAGUGAAAUUAACUACGGUUUCGUGGGCUUACAAUUUAAUGAUGUGCACUCGAGUUUUGGUAUGCCUAAGCGUCAAAUUCACGAGGCUGCCUAACGUUCUCUCUCUUGGUUUGUAUGUAUAUGUUUGUAUCCAUGUCAUCACGCGAUGGCUUUCUUCCUACAAGUUGUGUAUAUUUUUAGAUGUGAUCUGCUUGUGCAGUGUUGUAUAAAGUGCCAAAUUUAAGUAUAAGAUUAGAUUUAGUUUUUAGGUCCGUCCAUAAUAGUUGGAUACUUCAAUCAGAUCUUUUUAUCUUUUAAACGCCAAACACUCUUCUUAAAGUGCUUAAUCUGCAUAGAUGAUGCAAGGCGCCGAGUCAAGUGAUAAUUCAAUCAAGAAACUGUGUUUUUCUCCGUAAAGUGACCUUCGCAGAGCCAAUUUCAGUUCGUUUAUUAGUGAGCUACGUAUCUUCAUGCAUUCGUGCAACUUCCAUUCAAGAAUUUAGAAAUCAUGUUAUUUCUUGUAUUAUCUCUGACGAUGUUAAUGCGACCGUAUUCAAUUCUGAAUUCGUAAACAAAACUCUCAAUUCAUCAAAUUGGUUCGCCGUCUUUUACAAGCUCUCAAAUCAGUAUUGGAACUGAUCCACUCCGGCUCUGAUCCACUGCGGAACUGAUCCACUCCGGAACUGAUCCACUGCGGAACUGAUCCACUCCGGAACUGAUCCACUCCGGAACUGAUCCACUCCGGAACUGAUCCACUCCGGAACUGAUCCACUCCGGAACUGAUCCACUCCAGCUCUGAUCCACUCGGGAACUGAUCCACUCCGGCUCUCACCCCAAACUCUGAUUAUCACUGACAAUUUACGACUUCUAAGUUUAUGACCAUCACCUGCGUUCUGAUAAAAAAAUUUCACUCUUAUCCUAAAGUAAAUAGUUUUUUAAGUUGCAGCGGGUCUCAUCACAGCAUGCCAGACGCUUCUUUGCGUCACACUCCAUUUUGCCAACAGAUGUGCCAAUUCUGACUCGGGGGACGGCCGUCGUCGCCGUCUUAGUUAUUAGGAGACCUGAACUUUGUUGUCCUCAAGUGUCACUGUUAUCUAUUGUUUUUAUAAUGUACUUCAGAAUUGAAAUGCAUAUAUAUUGUCCUUAUUGGCCACUGAAUUACAAACGUUUGACGUGUUCAAUAUAAAUUAUGUAUAAUUGAUUCAUAAAUGAUAUUAAUGUU